CAGCAGCGAGUAAUGAAAGCAAUAACGUCUCUUAUGCGUAAUGUCGGCUGUUUGUGUUGCGAGAGGGGCUUUUUAGAAACAAGUAUCAUAAGAGGACAUAGUGACGCGUUUUGUGGGAGAGAUGUUCUCGACAGUCAGUGAGUUUCUUCCCCAGAGAGCGUGAUAUUAUGGACUGUACGUUACAUUAAGUUAGCUCAACGGCUAGCUGUGGAUGCUGCCGCGUCGCAGAAGACAACAGCGAUGACUUCCAGAGAUUUCUAUGGAUAAACAUCUAUUAAUGUGGGAUUUUACACAGCUGCCAAACCACAGGUUCGUCUUUGAAAAGGUUGAAUCCUCCCACCAACUGUCAUGGACACCGUGAAGCCACGCAGCAACGACGAGGAUGAAGAUCUUCACUCCACAGACCCCGAGAGCAAAGACAGGAGCAAAGAUAAAAAGACGCUGUGCAAAGUGAAGUGGUCGCGAGAUGAGGAUGAAAAGCUGAAAAAGCUUGUGGAGCAGCAUGGACCUGACUCCUGGAAACUAAUCUCUAACUUUUUUCCAGGGAGGACAGAUGGCCAGUGUCAGCACCGCUGGCAGAAGGUGCUCAACCCAGAGCUGGUGAAAGGACCCUGGACAAAAGAGGAGGAUCAGAAGGUGAUUGACUUGGUACACAAGUACGGCCCCAAGCGCUGGUCGGUGAUCGCCAAACACCUCCAGGGGAGGAUUGGGAAGCAGUGCCGUGAGCGGUGGCACAACCACCUCAACCCGGAGGUGAAGAAGUCUUCAUGGACGCAGGAGGAGGACCGCAUCAUCUACGAUGCCCACAGACGCCUCGGCAACCGCUGGGCAGAGAUUUCCAAGCUUCUCCCUGGACGGACGGACAACUCCAUCAAGAACCACUGGAACUCCACGAUGAGGAGGAAGGUGGAGCACGAGGGAUACCUGCAGGACGGCAGCAAGACUUUCAGCUCGUCUCACGCAGGAGGGAAGAGACGCCACCACAGGCCGUGUCCUCCGACCCCCACAGAGCCGCUGUGCUGCGAUCGCAGUCCCUUGCCUGCACCGGGAGCCAACCAGAUGAGCGGAUAUCCUUACGAUCCUCCUCACAGUCGACACUUGAUGGACGGUCUUCACGAUACUUCUGACUUCCCAUCGCCGUCCUGCCUGGACGAUCCCGACAGAGAGCAAAGAAUUAAGGAGCUUGAGCUGCUGCUUAUGUCAGCAGAGAAUGAAGUCCAACGACAAAUGCAGUGCAGAGGUCCACGUUACUCGUCCUGGUCCGACGGUUUGUCAGACGACACGCUGACUACGAGUAGCAGCAGCCUGGAGGAGCAGGCGGAGAGUAGGCCCUGGAGGGGCCCCGAGAUCCCCCAAGGACCCCCACCACAGCUUCCUGUCUCCCCCAGCAAGUUCCUGUCUGUGGAGGCCAGCACCGUGCUCUCCACUCUGCAGACCAUCCCCGAGUUUGCAGAAACCAUGGAGCUCAUCGACUCGAUGUGCUUCGCUCUGCAGGAUCCCGUUGCUUGGGGCGAUGCGGUCAGCUUUGACUUGUCGGAGACGGCGACGCCGCCUCGGCACAACCAGGCCGGCUACACGACUCUCCUGCAAGAGAGGACGGCUGACAACUCAAUGGGCUUCACCGUCAACACUCCGCCUGCCGUCUCUGGUCGAGACAAGAACUGUGCUUCAUUCGGUCUGACUCCCAUCAACUCUUCCAAACCCACCCAGACCUCUGCUGGGAGGAGGAGGCGGAGAGAGAGGGGGGAACCGUCUCCGUCCGGGGACAGGAGCUGCUCCUCCUUCCUGGAAAAUAUCUCAAAUUCUCCUAAGAAAACGCCAACGAAGUCACUGCCGUUCACCCCAUCACGGUUCUGCAACAUAUCAGGGACGGAGCAUCUGAACCUGGAUAACCCCGCUCUCACCUCGACGCCUGUGUGCAGCCAGAGGUGUCUCCUCAACACGCCGCUGCACAAAGAAACCACACCGAAGCACCAGAAGGAGAAUGAUGGCUCUCGGACCCCCAAAUUCCGUAAAUCUGUCAUGAUUCAAACCCCGAGGACACCGACUCCCUUCAAAAACGCUCUGGCUGCCCAGGAGAAGAUGCAUGGGCCUCUGAAGAUGGAGCCACAGUCGUUGGCAUUUCUAGAAGAAGACAUUCGAGAAGUUCUGAAGCAGGAGACCGGAGCGGACAUCUUUAACAGAGCGGACGUGCAGCCGGACUACAGAGCGUGGAAACAUAAUAUCGAUGGACCAGCCAGGAAGGUGCGUAAGUCUCUGGUGUUGGACCCAUGGGGGAAAGACUGCCUGAACGUCCAACUCUUCCACGAGCAGCUCAACAACACACAAGAGGAGAGUCUGCUGACGGGCUCCUCGCUGAUCCCCGAGCAGGAGACGUGCGGCUCGUUGGCUUCUGAGCGAGAGGAGACGCCGUUAGUUCAUCAUCCUCGCUUCACCAGCCCCCGCAUGAAGAAGCUUCUUGCCUCCCACAAAGCACCGAAACACGGCGCUGUGCAGGUGAGCGAGUGGGAAGCGGUGGUUUAUGGGAAGACCGAGGACCAGCUGAUCAUGACCGAGGCGGCCCGUCAGUACCUGAACCCCUACACGUCCUCCGGCUCCACCUCCAGGGCCCUCGUGCUGUAGAGCCAACGCGACUCCUCCACUGAAUCCUGUAAGAGACAAUCCAGUGAAGACAAAUGAUUUUAUUUCUCCUUCGACAUCCACGAAGAGGCUGCUGGUGUUUUCAACUCGUCACCGCUUCAGUAGUUUCUUGUGUUUUCCUUUGAAUACACACAACCUGGCAACGUAAGCAGUUUUGUACAGAUAUAAAAAGACUAGAUUUGUUUUUCCGCACUAGUCCGUAAGUAAAACAACCUGCACUUACAUGUAGGCUGUAGAAGAUAGAGUUUAUUACUAGCUGCUUCUGAGUUUUAUAUUGUUAAUAUAUUGUUCAUAAAUCUAUAAUGUAACUCAUCGUGUUUCUCCUGCAGCUUGUUUUGCUAAACUGCCCCGUUGCUGUUGUCACGUAAAAAAACACGUAAAUGCAAAGUCUUUUACAAUCAGAGUUCAGAAUAUAAUGUUAAUUAGUUAUAUAUAUAUAUUAUAAUGAAAUGAGUAGAGCUGCAACUAACGAUUAUUUUCAUUUGCUUUAUCU